AUACUAUACACAACUACAAGGACAUCUUUUUUUUCCCCCUAUAUUCCUCAGUCACCCGCCUCUGGACUCCCACACUUCUACCCUGGCUCUUGAUAUAAUACCACCUUGUUCCCGGCGCCCAGACCUGCCAAGACGGAGAUAAGAAGAAGAUACAAUCCUUGUGACGGACCAGCAAAACAUCCCGUUGCCAACCCAAACUCCUCCUCAGCCCCCAACCCCGCGGCCAGUUUGCAUCGAUUUACAAGUCCUUCCUAGCCACCCAGCUACCCGCCAGCUGUACUUGUAGCACCUGAAACACUUCUGCUAGGCUACCUUGGAAUACAACCCCCCCUGUUCAAUUCCUCAGACUGAUUUUGGAAGUUAGCGCGUAGAAAAUAUUUUUUGCUUUUGUGUCUACUCGGCAUUCAACCGCAAUGAUGGCGUACUACUAUCCAGACUUUAACUAUGUGUAUGGUGGUCACCCAGGAUCGACCCAGGCCCCAACUCCGGCCAACACGCGUCACUCACCGCCCCCUCCCCCGCCCCCACCGUUGUAUUACUACGAGGCCAAACAACUUCCAUCAAUCAUGGUGCCCCCCGCUGAACCACAUCCGCUGUACUACAUGCAGCAGCAAUAUGCACAUCCUCAGGGUGGUCCUCCCCAGGUUCCUCCUCAAGGUGGUCCACCACCACCACCUCCUCACCAGGUCCCCCAUUCCGCCCGGUACGCUACAUCCACCACCAACCCUUCCUUAGCACAAUACUCCCACGAUACCCUGGGCUCUGCGAGUGUGUACCUGUCUCCAAAAUCGAACCUGGCUCAUUCAAGCACCUCGUCCGGAUCUGGCCCCGGAUCUGGAUCCGGGCUCGGUACCUCGGUCCGAGGCACCACCACCACCUCUACAUUCUUACCACACUCCCCAGUCCACUCACUUGAGCAUCAGCUCAAACAUAAGCUACCACACCCACACGCACCCUCACACCCACUCGCGCACGCGCCCCCUGCAUUCAUCCAUCCAUACCACCACCAACAACAACAACUCCAUACACCCACCAACCCAUACCAUACAACCCCACUUCUGCCCAAGGGGAUAGAUUACCCGUCACUAGUCGGGUACACUGUACUGCCCUCGCUCAAACGGAAACGUAAGUCCAAGGGGAGCAUUGUCCCGGACCUGCCGGAACAAUCAUUCCCAUGUCCACAAUGUGACAAGGUGUUCCAAAAGCCCUACAAUCUCAAGUCGCAUAUGCGCACACAUUCAGACGAUAAGCCCUACACUUGCAACCAUUGUGACCGAAGGUUUGCACGAUCCCAUGACAAGAAGCGUCAUGAAGCCCUCCACAAUGGAGAGAAAAACUUCCGUUGUGAGGGAUACCUCAAAGACGGAUGUACCAAAUGGGGGUGUGGUAAAAAAUUCGCCCGUAGUGACGCACUACUGCGACAUUUCCGCACUGAAACAGGGUGGCUCUGUAUCAAGCCCCUCAUGGAUGAGGCCAAAGAAAGCGACCGUCUGCCACAUGGUGGGGCUCCUCCCUUUGGACCAGGCUCAGAGCUCAACACCCUGUACGUUCCUCUCUUGAAAAUGGAACCGUCCAUGAAUGGCGGGUCGAUUUCCUUGAUGGAAAACUCAAACUUCAUUCGCAAGAUGGUGCAAAACAAAUACGUCUGAGACGUUCAACGGGACUACACGGUAUAUAUAUAUAGGAAUAUAAUUGGGACUUUA